ACUGGCGGCACUUUGCCAGAGCGAAUUCUCGGAGUUUCAGUGCUGAAAAAGGGCUACAACAAUGCCAACAUCACCCCACUUCACACAGCUGCUAUUAAUCCAAAUGUUAAGAUUCUUGAACGUCUCCGCACAAUUGAGCCAAAUAUCAAUAUCCCAGAUUUGAACAACUGGUAUACCAUUCACUACGCAGCAGUAUGUGAGGGGCCUGAGCCACUCAAAUUCCUUUUGAAGAAUGGCGCUUCGCCCAUGGCUCUGACCAAACAGCAUGAGUCACCUCUUCAUGUGGCUGCACGAGCAGGAAGGAAGGAGAACAUCAAGAUUCUCUUGGAUGCCAUCACGAAUCUGGAGGCACCCGAGAAAGGUACUCAAGGAAUCAAGCCAGAGAAGUCAAUGAUAAACGCCCGGACAAGGCACGGUGACACGGCUUUGUGCUUUGCAGUUCGGUAUCAAAGAACGGAAGCGGUCGCCACUCUUCUUGCCCAUGAAACGGUACUCGUGGAUCAUCCGACAUCCAGUGGUCAAAACAAAAUAACACCCCUUAUGAUUGCCUGUAGUCUUGGAUUUCUGUCAAUUGCUGAACUUUUGAUCGAGCACGGCGCUCUCAUUAUGGCAAGGGACCUCAAAAAACGUACUGCUCUCUCGCAUGCUGUACUGAACGGGCAAGAGCAUUGUGCAGCUAUGCUAUUGGCAAAAGGCGCUGAUCUGCUUAAGGGCGACUCCUCUGGCAACACUCCAGCCCAUUACGCUGCUGCAUAUGGAUGGCUAGAGUGCUUGAGGUUGUUGGCUAGUGUAGACCCUAGCUGUCUGAAGCAAGAGAACGACUGGAAGCUCACACCGCUAUCUAUCGCUUAUUUGAAAGGUCAUUACGGUAUUGUUCGAUGGUUACUUGAGGAGAAAGCCUCGUUGGUCGACAUCAACGGGAAGGACAUGGAAGGGGUCACUUUACUGUCAUCGCUACUUCGGUAUACAAAUGAGGAUACCCACAGCGAGCUACCCGAGCAAAUCCAAUAUCUCCUAUCUCGUGGAGCAGACUGCUCAGUAGCCGACAGUCUGGGGAAUUCGAUUAUGCAUGUCUUCGCCGGCAUCAAAAUUCGUCUCCGUGAUCCAAAAGACGUAAGAAAGGAGGGCAUGACGGAGAAAGAGUAUCGCUCAUGCUUCGACUCAAUCAUGAAAUGCGGUGGAAAUGUGGAAUCGAAGAACGAAAGCGGAGAAACUCCCUUACACAUCGCUCUGCUUUCGGCGAACUUGCUGCUCUUCCGCUGGAUGCUUGAGUAUGUAGACGAUAUAAGGGCUGUACUGGUGGAUACGUGGUCCUCGGAUUUUACCCUACUUCACGUACUUCUUGAGCUACCGAUGAAAGUCUGGUCGAACAACAGUCUAUGGCUUGAGGAAUCUCCACCAUCUAUGCAUCUGUACGAUAAACACUGCAAUGGAGAAAUCGAGGUAUGGCUACGACAAACGAAUUCGAACGGUCUUCAGCCAAUUCUCUAUGCUGCAGAAGCUUAUUCCAAACUCGACAAGCCCCUACAUUGUCAAUCUGAUGAAGCUCAAAAUUUCGUCGACUAUGUUAAUCGAUUGUUCAUGUGGGGUUGUGAUUUGUGUCCGGACUGUUUGACGAUGAAAUCGGAACCGAAGAAGGCUGGUCUUGACGAAAGCUUCUCGGAUCGUUCUCCUGCUACCACUUUACCUUACAUUGCACUCAACAUUAGGCUCGAAGACGGCAGCUUACGCUUACUGAGACAGAUACUCGAGAAAGCAGUUCAGAAGAACGUAUUGAGAAAUGUGCUCGCUUUGGAAGGGCAGGGCGGCUUUGGACUGGUGAUAUCUGCGUUGAAACGAGAUCCAAGCGCUGCUCGUUUGAUCCUUCAGACAACGAAGCAGUAUGGUUGCGUAGAUGGUGUACACAAUGCAGUGCUUCGCUAUGAAACCAAGCCGAAAGAGGGCGAAGAAGGAAAGCCGGUGAACAAAUCACUCGCAAUGCUGUUUGUCGAGCAGAAGGCAUUCGAUCUGGUGUACGAGCUGCAGCUCAGCCCUACUGAUUGGGAGCACACCGAUGCCAACGGUGACAAUCUAUGGCAUUAUGUAGCUAGAGCGCAAGAUUUGAGAGCUGUGGAUCUGUUCCGAUUUCUGGAAUCUAAAAAAAUUCCAAUGAAGGGGAAUAAUCAAGGAUAUACUCCUUUGCAUGAAGCUGUGCAAUCAUGCGAUUGUUCGACGAAUUCGACUCUCGAACCAAUCGAAUGGCUGGCUGCUAACACCACGGACAUUCCUCGAGAUGUGUUCGGACGAACUCCUCUCCACUACGCUUUCGCCUCUCGAUCGCAGUUUACCAAGAAUGCACUUACCAGCGAACUUCGCGAUCCGAUUGCCGUUGUAUCGAUUCUUACUCGUAACAUGAAUAAACAACAGCUCGAUUGGGGUGACUGUGAAGGAAAUACGGCAUUGCACUUGGCUGCUUUCAAAAAUGCUAACAUCUGUGCUGUUACGCUUAUUCGUAAGGGAGCCAGUGUAUCUAUCAAAAACAAGGAAGGGAAUAUACCACUAGCAAUCGCAGUGCUGCAUGGACGACAGUCAGUAGCGCUCACGUUGAUUCAAGCCGACAGCAAUGUUACCGAGCAGGUGUUUCCUCCAAAACCUAAGGAGGUCGAGGACAAUGUUUGGAAAUGGAAAGGUGUGCUUGAUACGAAAGAGGAGCCGUCGGUGUCUACGAUUCCUGCCCAGAUCGUCGCAAAAGGAGGAGUAUGGGAAGCAAUGGUUUAUGUACUGCUGGAUACGUUGGGAACGAAUAUAACAUCAAUGGUACAGUUAAUAGAUGCGUCUUUGAAAGAACGGCAGUACAAUUUGGCAAAUCAACUGUUGAAAUCCCUCCAAACUCGUGUUAAUGGAAAGAAACUGCCUCGAACCGAGUAUAAUCUCCUGCUAACCUUUGCAGAUCAUUUCCGAGGUGAACUGUCCGAUGAUGGCGUCGAACACGCGGUUCUGCAUCGCCUUUACUUACUGGGCUGUGAAGUGAUGAACGACGGCGUCAGUUUGCCCAUAGAGUCAGCUAUCCGCCGUGGUUCCUGGUCGCUUUAUAGACAUUUUAAGGUACGUGCCGGAAAAGAUUUUGCUUCCCUUCGACCGUCUCAGCCGACCCAAGGACCCCUGAGGAAUGCAGUGCUGCGUCUUUCAGAACGGUGUGAUGCUGACUCUGAUGUAGUACUGCGUGAGCUCGCAUCUUUGCCACAUUUCAGCUUGGACGAGCCGCUAUCUCUGCCCCUACCGUACGAACUGGCAGAAGCUUCACUGACGUCGCUAUGUCCAAUAGCAUGGUGCUGUGCAUUGGGAAAAGAUCAACUCGUCCUCCGAUUGAGAGCAGCUGGGGCUGAUGUUAAUGCACCGGAUUUGGAAGGACGAACUCCGAUGAUGAUUGCUGUCCUUGCGAACAAAGAAACUGCCGUCCAGGCACUUUGCGGUGACGGGUCAAUGUCGAUGUCCAAGAAAAUUACGCCGAAGAAAACGGCGGCGCAUACAGCGACAAGACUUUUUCUUGGAGCAAUUAAUGGACGAAAAAGAAAAGCUUCUGAAAGUGACGGCGAUGAGGAGGAUGAACGUGCUGAGACUGAAGAAGAAUCUGAAGCUGGCAGUGAGCGGUCAGAGACAGAGAGUGCAGCUGAAGAUGAGGCUGAAACCGAAAAGGACGAUACUGAUUUCUCUCCUCCGAAAAGGAUUCAAAUUCUUAACAGAAAUCUGGAUCUAAUGGUUAGUGAUCGCAAAGGAAGGAACAUCGUUCAUUACAUGGUCGAGCCGAUUCCAUGGGAGAACAUCGAACUUCUGAGGAAGCUGCACAAAGAAGCGCCGGCAAAGAUCAAGCAGUUGUUGCAGCAAAAGAAUAAGGAUGGCAACACACCAUUAGACAUAGCUGUGAGAACGAAACAAAGAAGAAUGGCAUCCGCUAUGAAGGAACUGCUUGGUGGUUCGGCAAAGAAGGCAAAAAUGAGCAAUGGUGGAUCACCACAUGGUUCACCACUAAGUAAUUGGAUCAUGAUAGUACACAGAAUUGAGUUCCUUUCGGACUCAUCAUAUUUCAAUACUCAUAACGAGAAGUUCUCGAACACCAAUCGUGAUCCAGCAUUUGUAUGUACGUUCCAAGUAGAGGUUGAAUGCACGGCACGUUUCAUAACACUGAGUGAUGGAGCUAUCUUUGCUCACUUUUUCGCUCGUUGGCAUGCCGAGCACAGUGAAGUAGAUGUUUCCGCUGCAUCGAAACCCUCGGCAUUGAGUGGAUAUCGCGAGACUGCUGACCUUGUAAUAUGUCCUGUUACUCACCAAUACAUGUCGGCUGUACUGAACAAAACCGAUCUGAAUUACGGGCAAUACGGUUUCCAUAACUUCUACAGGAUUGAACUGAUGAAACGACGUGACACGAACCUUUGGAUUCUGUUCACAAAUUGGGGACGAAUCGGUAUGGGACGAGGCGAAUUCCAGACAACACCGUUCAGCACUCUUGAUGCAGCUAUGAAGGAGUUCAAAUCUGUGUGGCGAUCAAAGACAGGGCAAGAUUGGGGGCUAUUCUCGCAGUUCCAGGUUCUCCCCAAAAAAUAUCGAUUGGUGGAGACAGUGAAGAAGAUCAGCAAUCUUUCCGAGAUUUCUUUCAAUUUCGUAGAAACAAAGGAGGAAUCUCUCACGAGAAGAACAAUCCAGGAUAUCAGUAAUGUGCAAAAGCUGAAAAGUUAUGCCAAGGAGAUGGAUCGGUCAAUGUUGUGUCCAUUUGGUCAUAUCAGCGAAGCAGCUAUCGAGAGAGCUCGUACCAUUUUGAACGAUUGUGAGAAGAACGUGCAGGAUCUCGAGAAAAUUCUGGCCAGAGAGAGUCACAGCGAUGGUGAUGUGCUGAAGGCAUUCGAAACGAGUCGGUUGCUCUCGGGCGAGUUCUACAACGUAUUCCCGAUCGCAGAUUUCGAGUACGGUGCUGUAAAAAUUUUUGAUAAUAAGGAUGAAAUCAAUCGCGCACGUGAAACCCUAAAUCGUAUGACGGAAGUUGAAGUAGCCACACGUCUUCUAACUGCCGCUGCCUAUCGCAAAGAUGUCGACAAAAUCAGCUAUAUAAUAGCAGCAUUGGAGUGCCGGUUUACUGAGAUGAGUCCGACUGCCGAUAUGAGCCAGAAAAUCCUCCGGUAUAUCCACACGACGGGCGGUUCCGGUUGGAAAGUCAAGGGUAUUCUGCAAAUAACUCCGCGAGAUGCCACUUUGAACUUUGCCGAUUUCAUUGGCGACGGGAACCAAAUGUUUCUUUGGCAUGGAACGAAAGCCGUGAAUCUGUUGAGUAUCUUGAAGGACGGUUUUCUUAUAAACCCGCGUAACUCUUCAAUUACGGGUAGAUUGUUCGGAGAUGGAAUCUACUUGGCGGAUUCAUUCGAGAAAAGUACUCAUUACUGUCAAUCGUCUGCUAAUGGUUACAACUAUAUGCUGCUGUGCCGAGUAGCUCUAGGCAAAUGUUAUUCGCUGAACUCCUGGAACUACAAUUGGGGUGAUCAACUUCCAAAAGGCUACGAUUCGCUUCACGCAGUCGGUCAGAAGCACCCAUCAUCAUCCAUCACUGAAAAUGGUGUGGUGAUGCCCUUGGCAGAUUUCGUCGAUCGUUCAUCACGAUGUUAUGGAGCCUUGGAGUUUUCCGAGUAUAUAGUCAGAGAUAGUAAUCGCAUUUUACCGCAAUAUCUUGUUAUCUAUCAAUGA